AAGAAAAAAAAAUUAAAAGAAACCAAAACCCUACCUUCCCUUUCUCCUUCUUCUUCUCUCCCUCCCUCUUGUUGCAGCCGCCCAGCCCACCACUUUUCCCACAGCAUCCGAACGACGUUUCUCCUCCCUCGGAUUGCGACGCACAACCCUUGUUACGAUUUGAAUAAACCCCACUCCAAGUUCAAAAAGCAAGCUCAUCGCACAAUUCAAGGAAGCAGCUACAAGUAUUUCUGGCUGCUUAUUUGCAAGCCUCACUGUUUACAAAUUUGAUUUUCAGCUUUCAGUGUGUAGUGGAGUUUAUCAAGUAGGCCCUGAGGUCCUUCAUCUUAACGAAGGGGGUAGUUCAGAUAUAGGGUUCUGCGAGUAGCACGGAAAAUAAGAGUUGAAGCUGCUGUCAGUAAACAUGUUGCAUAACAAGUCGUUUGUGAAAAAAACGAAGUCUGUGAAGGUGAUGAAGCUUGAGAAUCCGGCUAUUGAUGACGUGGUUAUGCUAUCAGUUGUGCUGGACGAGAUUAAGAACAAGAACUUGUCUAUUUACAAUAGAGUUAGAGCUCUCUGCAGUAAUCCACUGAGGAGAUUCUUUGUCUUCUCCAACAAGCAUCACAAGGAUACAUAUGUUAAGGAGAUGAGUGGAGAAAGUAAAAAUGAUCGAAAUGAUAGAGCAAUUCGUGUGGCUACUCAGUGGUAUCAGAAACACCUUGGUGGUGCAACUCGUGUUCUAGUCGUAAUAAAUGACAGAGAGAAUAAGAGGAAGGCUAUUGAAGAGGGAAUUUAUGCAGAGACAAAGACAGAUUUGGGGUUGGAUUAAUUCCAAGACUUCUACCACUAGGAGAGAUAUGCGUGGAGUUGUAAGAGCUGAAAUGUUUGGUCAGUUGACAAGUGGCCUGGAGAGUGCUUAAAACAAGCUCAAAGAAGAAGGUUUGACUCUUCUCAAGUUCAGAGAGAGAGAGUUGUGAAUGAUCCAUUUGGCGCUUUAUCUAACUGGAAUGAUCACAAAGAAGAUAUUAAUCCAUGUUUUUGGUUAGGAGUUGAAUGCUCGUAUAGGAAAGUUGUAGUCCUGUAUGUUCUUCACCUUUUUCAUCUUCCUUUCUCCUGUUUUUGAUUGUUGGGCCAUUUUUUGUUGGGUUAGUAGUUACUUGGUAUAGUUUGUUUAUGUACAGGGUUGAUGGACGUGAAAAACCUUCGUUGAUGUAUAUAUAAUUUACUAUAUGUAUACACUUUAAAUUUGUAGGUGGGUUGGUGUACUAAUGGAUAUAUAUGUUUUUGUAUGUAAAAUAUGUCACAAUUGACAGGUA